AUGGCUGCUGAUUACUGGGCUUCGACUCAGUAUCACUCCUGGCUCUUUGAUCGUGAGGAGCUGGGCGAAGCGAGAAAGGCUCUUGCAGACGCCGAACGAGCAUUCAUUCAACAAUAUCCUCUGCCCGAUCUUAGACUUUUUAACAUAUACAUACACCAACAGUUGAACAAGCUAUCGAAACGACUGACAGUACGGCAACAAGCAGUCGCUACUGCUCAAGUUUAUGUAAAAAGGUUCUACACCAAGGUGGAAAUACGACGGACAAAUCCAUAUCUUUUACUUACGACGGCAUUCUACCUUGCGUGUAAAAUUGAGGAAUGCCCUCAGCAUAUAAGGCUGGUUCUGGGAGAGGCAAGGGGGCUCUGGCCAGAAUUCAUUGUCCCUGACGGCGCAAAGAUCGGCGAAUGCGAGUUCUGGCUUAUAUCCGAAUUGAACUCGCAGCUGAUAUUGCAUCAUCCGUACCGAACGCUUUCAGAGCUUCAGAGCGCCAUUCCAAUGACAUCGGAGGAGUUAGGAUUAGCAUGGUCUAUCAUCAACGACCAUUAUCUCACCGACCUGCCGCUGCUACAUCCUCCACACGUGAUAGCGGUGACAGCAUUGUGUAUCGCCGUGAUAUUCAAGGUAGGCCAGCAGCCCGUUCUCAUUCCCUCGGGGCCUUCUUCGGUUACGGGAGCAUUAAGAGAAGGAUGCACCAACGUUUUAUCAGCGAUGACAGACAGGCCGAGCGGUAGUAUGCCGGCCCGUAUACAAAGUACGGUUGACUGGAUCGCGAAUAGUGAAGUGGACAUCGAAGCAGUUGUUGAAUGUACACAAGAAAUCGUUUCUCUAUAUGAGGUGUGGGAACAGUACAGCGAUAAGUUGUGUAGGGAGCAGGUGGGAAGAUUUGUGAAGAGUCGUGGAUUGGAUAAAUGA